AGUCCGGUCGCGUGUUCCCAGCCCCCGGAAGUGGCCGUUGUAAACUUCACCUUGUAGUCUUUCUCCAUCCUGGCUCUAGAGUCCAUCGGCUUUCCUCAGUUGUCACUCUUUCUCCCGAGGGUUGCCUGGCCUCCCACCCCGAGACCUGAAGCUGCGUGGGGGUCGUGGGGGUGCAGGCUGGACCACGCGAGUCCGAGACUUUAGUCCAUCUAACCCGGAAGCCACAGACAUCACCAUAAGGAAGUAUAUUUUUAAGAAGCAGUGAGGUGUUUUGAAAAGGGUUGAAGACUUACCAUGAGUUUAAGCACGUCAAGUAAUGCCACUGCUGGGGACACCCAAAGGGUGAAAAGUGCCUCAUUGGAUGUAAAACAAAUGCUUAAAAAUGAAACAGAGUCAGAUAUCACUGCUGAUCUCAGAAAGAAGCUCCACCGGGCUAAGAAGGAGAAGUUAGAGAUGACAACAAAACACAAUGCAGAGCUGUCCAGCCAUGAGAGCCAGAUUGCCAGGCUGCGGUCUGAGGUGGAAAAAGGAGAAGCGCUGCGGCAGCGUCUGGAGUACGACCUGGCUGUCGUUAGGAAGGAGGCUGGUCUGGGAAGACGGGCGGCGGAAGAGAGACUGGCCGAGGCUCAGCGGAUUCAAGAAAAGCUCUGCGCUCAUAAUUCAGACCUUCAAGGAAAGGCAAAUGAGAUUGAGAAAACACUUCAGACUUCCCAAGAGAAAUGGAAAGAAGAAUGCAGGAGAUUUGAGCAUGAUUUGGAGGAACGAGACAACAUAAUUCAAAAUUGCAACCACGAAUAUGAGUUACUUAUGCAGGAAAAAAACAGACUACAAAAGACUCUACAGGAGCAAGAUAGUGCUGUGCAAAAUAUGCAGAAAAAAGUGGAACAAUUAGAAGCAGAACAUAUGGACUGCUCCGACCUCCUCCGGCGACAAACGAGCGAGCUUGAAUUUAGCACUCAAAGGGAAGAACGCCUGAGGAAAGAGUUUGAGGCAACCACUCUGAGGGUGAGGAAGUUAGAAGAGAGUAUUGAAGCAGAAAGAGCAGCACACUUGGAAUCAAAAUUUAAUUCUGAAAUUAUUCAGUUACGGAUUCGAGACCUCGAAGGAGCUUUACAAGUAGAAAAAGCCAGCCAGGCAGAGGCUGUGGCUGACCUGGAAAUGAUCAAGAAUGAAUUCAAAGAGGUUGAAAGUGCGUAUGAGCGAGAGAAGCAUAAUGCCCAGGAGAGUUGUGCAAAGCUGAACUUAUUAGAAAGAGAAUUUUUCUCCCAAAACAAGAAACUAAAUGAAGAGAUCGAAGAUCAGAAGAAAGUAAUUAUAGAUCUUUCAAAGAGACUCCAGUAUAAUGAAAAAAGUUGCAGUGAGCUACAGGAGGAACUUGUGAUGGCUAAGAAGCACCAGGCCUUCCUAGUGGAGACUUGCGAGAAUAACGUGAAAGAACUGGAAUCCAUCUUGGGCAGCUUUAGCGUGUCAGCGCAGUGGACAUCAGGCGUCCACAAGGACAAAGAUAAGCCCCCCAGCUUCUCUGUUGUCCUUGAGACUUUGAGGCGGACCUUGACAGAUUACCAGAACAAGCUGGAAGAUGCGUCUAAUGAGCUAAACAACAUAAAUGAGGCCAAGGAAAAGACAUCCAAUGAACUGGAUUCUACCAAACAAAUGAUUGAGUCUCACAUUAAAAAUACAAAGGAGCUGCAGGAUAGGCUGACUGAGGUCCACAAGGAGCUAAGUCACUUGCGCGCUAAGUGUGCAGACCGCGAGGCCCUAAUAACCACGCUGAAGGUGGAGCUGCAGAAUGUGCUGCACUGCUGGGAGAAGGAGAAGACCUGCAGGGCACAGUGUGAGAGUGAGCUGCAGAAGCUGUCGCAGGCCUUCCAGAAGGACUCUGAGGAGAAACUAACCUUCCUUCACACCUUGUAUCAGCACUUGGUAGCAGGCUGUGUGCUCAUAAAACAACCAGAAGGCAUGUUGGAUAAAUUCUCCUGGUCUGAGCUUUGUGCAGUCUUGCAGGAGAAUGUUGAUGCCCUCAUUGCGGACCUUAACAGGGCUAAUGAGAAGAUAAGCCACCUGGAGUAUAUCUGUAAGAACAAGUCCGAUACGAUGAGAGAGCUCCAGCAGACUCAGGAAGACACCUUCAACAAGGUGGCCGAACAGAUCAAGGCCCAGGAGGGCUGCUGGCAGAAGCAGAAGAAGGAGCUGGAGUUCCAGUACUCUGAACUUCUCUUGGAGGUGCAGAGGAGAGCACAGAAAUUUCAAGAAAUUGCAGAAAAAAACAUGGAAAAAUUGAACUCUAUUGAGAACUCCCAUGAAAAACUAGUUAUCGAGAAUUCACAUUUCAAAACCACAUUGUCCAGGACUCAGAGGGAGCAGACGUGCUUGCUGGCGGCCUGUGCACUGAUGGCCGGUGCGCUGUAUCCCCUCUACAGCAGGUCAUGUGCCUUAUCCACACAGAGGGACUUUCUCCAGGAGCAAGUCAACAGCUUGGAACUAUUCAAACUGGAAAUUAGAACCCUAGCCCAGGCAUUGUCAGCGGUGGACGAAAAGAAGCACGAAGAAGCCAAAACGAAGAAAAAACCAUUCAAAGGAUUGAUCCGUGUAUUCCGGAAAGGCGUGAUUGCAAUCUUGGCAGCAAACAGACUCAAGCUUUUGGGCCAGUCGUGUGCCUUUCUUUUCACCUGGAUGGAAAGUCGUAAAGAAGGCAUAGGCAUGCUAGUGUGUACCGGGGAGCCCAAAGACAAGCACAGAUUUCCAAAACAUCAAAGGGAACAGUUCCGAUGUUUACAGGCACUCACUUGGCUUACCAGCUCUGACCUUCUAGGUGCGAUUAUCAGUUCUAUGACUGAGCUGCAAGAAGUCAUUAGUAAAACAGAUCCAAAUUCCAGGAUUUGUGGACAUUUACUCAUAGGUGCAGCCAAGAAUUCUUUUGCAAAACUGAUGGAUAAAAUUAGUUUGGCAAUGGAAAGUAUACCUCUGCGUAGCAGCCGGAGCAUAACCUAUGUGGACAAAGAUUCCCUGGUUCAGAGGCUGGCCCGAGGACUUCACAAAGUGAACACGCUGGCCCUGAAGUAUGGUUUGAGCAGCCACAUGCCCAUUAUGAAAAGCACUGCCUCGUUACAAAAGCAAAUAUUUGGAUUUACACAGAGGCUGCACGCAGCUGAGGUAGAGCGCCGCUCCCUGCGUCUGGAGGUGACAGAAUACAAACGAACCAUGCACGAGAUGAAAAAGGAGCUGGACAAGUCACAGAGCCUGCAAACACAAUUAAAUGAAUUCAAGCACUCUAAAUUGAUCACCCACGAGAAGUUUGAAAGCGCAUGUGAAGAACUAAACAAUGCGUUGCUGCGGGAGCAGCAGGCACAAUUGCUGUUGAAUGAACAGGCCCACCAACUGCAGGAGUUGAACUACAGACUUGAAUUGCACUCCAGCGAGGAAGCUGACAAAAACCAGACUCUCGGGGAAGCUGUUAAGAGACAAAGAAUGUGUUGCUAAUCACAUGAGAACAAUAGAAAACAUGCUUCAUA